AUAUAUUUAUGUAUUUUUUUGAGAAAUUUAAGCUUUGAUGAUUAUUUUGAUGAAAAUAAAAGGCAAACGUGAGUAGGGUCGCUGUAGAGCUAAUGGAAGUGGAAACAGGCUCUUGAACAAAGUAAAAAGGAAAAUGUGGCGUAAAUGGUUGUCAUGAACUUUACAAAACGAAAGCUGCAAAUUUAUCCGCGAGAUUUGUACGAGAACAUGUCAAAGCUGCCAAGUGUUAAAGAAACUUGUUGGAAAUUUUGGAACAAUUAUAAUGACGAUCCUUAGCCUUGUUUCCUUAAAACGCCCCAAGGUGAAACACUGUCGAUAGGUUGUCCAUCAUAACAAGUCUCGCUUUUGUAUUAUUGGACGAGUUACUAAACUUUACCGCCUCCCUCAUCAAAAUACAAUACGAACUGUCAGAGCGACUGCACUUUAGCAUGACCGGCCGUUGUCAAAAGUAGACAUGGUAUAUUUUGAUGUAAAUCAGCCCCGUGAAUGAUAACUUGACCACGUGCACUCUUAUCUAAUGGGAGAUAUAAGCCAUGAAAGAUACACCUAUGAUCAGUAGCGUGCGGUACGUUUCCGGUAACAGACGUAAACGCCAGAGCAAAGUAACCACGGUUCUCAAGUUUUUGGCUGUUAAGAGCCUUCAGCGUGCAAAACCCGACAUUAAACUCUGAGCGUAUUGCAGCCGGUGGGCUUUUCGCGACAUGAAACGUGAAAUUAAUUUCGCGAGAGCUUUACCCGCGUAGAAAGCUGUGCUGCGACGCUGGAUCGAGGACGGAGAAACAGCUAGGGUAAACACAGCGAACAAUCAUUUGCGGAUUAGGCGAUUACUGCGAGGUCUUGCUGUGUUUGGUCAAGGACAACAAACAUUCCAUGAAGAGGAAAGAGCGAUGGAAACAUGGUCGAUUCUUCUAUGUGGUCUCCUGAUUGCCUCUGGGGUUCUUUCAUCGGCAACCGAUGAUAUUAAAGAUUUUGGAAAGAAGCCUCUGAAAGGUCUUGUUGUGGAUUUAUCUCCCGCAUCAUUGGACAUUCUUGGUGGUAAUGUCACAUUGUACUUUCAUUUCCCCAGCAAUUUUUCAGGAUUUUCGAACUCUCGAACACUCAGUGUCCUUGUGUACGAUGACAACAUUGUAAAGAGACGUCAUAUAGAAAAUGUUGUACUGGAUCGCCGCGAAAUUUCCGUGAUUCUGCCUUGCGAAAUAUUUGACCACCCAGUCGUGUACAGGUUCAAGUAUCGUAUUUCGGACAGUCGGUUUGAGGCGUUUAUCUCGCAGACGCUGACUCUGAAGUGGGGAGAAAUCCGCCUCCAGACACCCACAAACCACACCGCCUUAACCCGCUUUGGCUCUUUAUGGAUUCGGCACAAUCGAAAAUGUCUACCCAAGAACCGCGACGAACUUAAUCUCUAUUACAUCAAAGGCCACGAGAAGAUCUUUGUGACCCGAAAAUACAUUCGUAAACUGUCCAAUGGAAGGCAAAGAAAGCCCGAAGGGUCAUGGAUUCGGAUGGGAUUCCCGUGCGAGGUGUUCGACACUCAGGGAAUCUACCGUUUUGAGUACCAGACUGGGUUCGAAAAUCUAACACUAGCUAAAAGUGAAUCAAUCCACGUUUAUUGGGGUCAACAAACUCUGUCUACCCCGACCAGCACCAUAUUUCCAUGCACAAAUUCGUUUGUGAUUUUAUACGCACAGCCGCGUUGCCAGAAUGUCAGAACUCACGAUGCUAUAGUCAUGGGGGACAGAUACUCCAAGAAGCCUACCGCGCAAAAACCCGUGGAAAAUGUCUACGAUGCGGCAUUUUUUCCAUGCUCGUUGUUCAAGGAUUAUGUCAAAGAAUACUGCUUUCAUUACGUCACGAAAUCUAGUCUGACCAAGAGUACAGUAAGAGUCACCUCGCUGUGUCUGCCCUCGCAUCCCCCAGGCACCUCGAAUUAUGACGGUUGGAGUACUUGGUCGUCUUGGGGAUUGUGUUCUAGCUCUUGUGGACAGGGAAAACAACAUCGGUAUCGCUUCUGUACAAGCGUGAGCACGUCUGUGGACAAGGAGUCAACAUGUGCAGGGAAGGCGCUCAUGUCAAGAUCAUGCGCACUCAAUCCCUGUCCAGUUUCAGGGUCAGCGUGCUCCUGUGGAUGCCGCUUAACAGAACCGCACGGGAUGAUCACGUCAUCACCGCAGCUGUUCCCCCGCCCGGGUCGCUCCAGCUGCACCUGGGUGAUUACCUUACCUCAGGGCCACAGGGUGCAUUUAUGGUUUGACGCCUUGAAGAUGGACGGUGACUCCAUCAUUGUACGAGAUGGGAACGACUCGAGCGCGCCCAAAAUAACCAUAAUAAAGAGCGAUGAUUACAAAGAAUCUAUAGUUUCGUCUGGGAACAAUAUGUACUUGUUUUACAAGCACAACGGACAUUGGACCAAUGGAACACGGAGAGGCUUCACGGCCUCGUACAAGACAGAAAGUAGGACUGAAAAAAGCGAAGCGGUCGCUGUGGUCCAAAGAAAGACAUUAGGAAAAUCUGAGCUGACUUUCCUUGGUGUGUUUGUGUUCGCUGUACUUGUUUUUGCGGUUCUUCUGUUCAUCGUGUUCACCAAAUUACGUCGGCAUCACAAACUCCUUCCUCCCUCCUCCGGCGGCAGCUCAAGCACGUCAGAGUCCACGCUGAGAUCCACGGGAACCUCGUCUCCUCUUGAUGACGAGGCUUCUAGCAGCGAACCGUUAAAGAACGUUCACAAGCAAAGAACUAAAAGCGAUCGAAGAAGAUCGUCGCAUAGAAAAAGACCUCGAAGGACAGAAUUUCUUUGCGACGCGGAUCGCGUCCCUCGUUGCACUUGUGGGGAGAUUUCCGAGCUGGAUUCUGUGUCUGGAAGUAACUCUGCUAGCGAUUUCUCGCCUGUCAAGGUGACUAACACUGUCGAGAGAGUACUGGUAAGGAAUAACAUAGAGUGUGACUGUCCAGAUUGCCUCAGAUACGAGAGGUACGCUGUUUCGGGAUGCGCAGAGUUUCGAGCCCCCGAGAAAAAAUAUUACGGAGAUUGGAUGUUGACGGAAAUGCCUGCGGAAACACCUUGCUACACAGAUCAGCGUAUUUAUAGAGAUGCAUGUAAAGGUUUUGUGUAAAUAGUGUUUAUAGUCUUACUACAAAUCAUGUUUGAUUCAGUGAAGUACUCAGUCGACAGGUUGUUUGGUUAGGUUUCCCAGGUUACUGAACGUACGUCCUCUCAUGCAAUCAAGUGCAAAUCAAUUUGGAUUCUGGCGUCUUCCUGAUUGUCCUCUUAAAUGGAAUUGGUUUAUUUUAAUCUUUCCUUGGCUUUGGAACGAUUUUUUAUCGGAUAGUCAAAAGGUGUAAGAGGCGAGAGGUAAGAUUUUGUCUUUGCCUCGAAAGAACCAUUCAUCCGAGCGACAUCUUUUGUCACUGAGUACUUUGCUGAACAACAAGGACACUGUGUAUAGUGAGGUAGAGUUGGAAAGAGAAAUGCGUCCGAUGUAUAGUUUUUAACUUUCAAAACUAUUGCGAAUGUUAGGUUUAAGUUUGAUUUCCUAGGUUUGAGGCCUUGUUUGAAUAGACUUGUUGGUCAUGAAGGCGUUACGUAAAAAAAGAUAUGAUAAUAUAUUGUAAUACUAAUUUUAACUCUCCAAAGAGGCAGAGAAAUUAAUUCUAAGAGUACAGCCGAAGGUUGCAAACCUGUUUUAUUCAUUCAGUUUUCGAGUACACCGUUAGACAUUUAUGCAACUUUCGCCGGGUUUUUUGUGACUGAACACGCAUUAGUUUAAACGAUUUAUGUUAAGAAUGUUCGUUUUACUUGACUUCCGCUGAAACAGUUUUUCAAGUCUAUUCUACUGUACUAAUUGAUUUUACAAUUCUAAUAAGUCUAUAAGUAACUAAUUUUGUUUGCUUUUCACAAUUUCGCACGAGGGAAGAUUUCGAAUUUACUCGCAAAUUUGCCUUUGCAAACGUAUUACUACUCGUAGCGAGAACUUUGGUAACAAACAAGAACCUCCGAAAGAGAAAGUUUUCUUAGUAAUUCAUAUAAAGAACGAAAGUAAUUUCACCGUAUAAAGAUCAUGAAAAUUUGAUGUUUCUAGUUCUUCAUGAAUUGUAAAAUCUCUCAGUAGAGUCACUCGUACCCUAACAAACUAUACACAAGGUAACCGUAGUAACGCGUUAAACCCUAGUUUAACAAUGAAAAUACAUCGAAGCCAUAUAUUUGUAGUAUAAAGUUUUGUAAAGCAAUUUUAGAGCCCUGAUAGUAGGGCGAGACUAAAUUAAGAUACUUUUGGACAGAAAAGGAUAUAUUGUACUAUUAAAAGGUAAUUACUAUUUAUUGAAUCAAAAAAAACGGGGACAAAAUCCUUUAAAGUACUAAGUUUGGGACUUUGGACAAAGCCACGGUAGUUUUUAGUCUAAAACGCGGAUUUAUAUGAUAAAUAACAAAUAGAAAAAAAAAGUUCAGAUCUGUA